GUCAGCUUGACAUAACGGUGCUCAGCCUGCAGUUCAUCCAAAUACACACACAGAAUCAUAGAUAUUCCGAAAGAAGGAAUUUCACAACUCCCAAAAAAGUGUGAAAUAGUUUAGGUCACACUCAAAGCCCAGAUUCAGCUUGGCAAUCAGCUGAGGGAAACAUAGAGGAACCACAAAGACGGGGCAAGACUUCAUUCAAAGGGCCUGAAGUGAGGAAGAGUUUUGGGUGGCAGCUUUGUUCGACUCAGCUGCACUGACCAUACGACACCUCAGACAUCGCCUUGACACGAAGCACUCGUUCAUAGAGACUUGCCAACACACCGGAUAUAUCAUUUCUUCUGUGUGAUUUGUACAACUUUUAGGCAAAAAGAUUUGAUUUGGUGUCCCAUUACCUUCCACAUAAACAACAAUAAAACUCACACUGAUUUUCUCUUCAGACUGAGCAGUAUUGACAUUUCCCAUCCUGCGCCAUGGAUGAGGAGGAUGACAAAAACUCUGUGGAUUUCCACGACAACCCUCCGGUCCCUGACAACUUCGUGAAGGAGGACGGAGACACUGUCUAUUUCAUAUAUGAGGAGGAGGUGGAAGUGGAGGAGAAGGAGCCAGAACCUCCACCGCCUGUUAUUCGGGUCAACGACAAACCCCACAAGUUUAAGGACCACUACUGCAAGAAACCCAAAUUCUGUGACGUCUGUGCUCGCAUGAUAGUUUUGAACAACAAAUUUUGCCUGAGAUGUAAAAACUGCAAGACCAACAUCCACCAUUCAUGUCAAUCCUACGUUGAGUUCCAGAGGUGCUUUGGCAAAAUUCCGCCUGGCUUCAGAAGAGCCUACAGUUCCCCCCUGUACAGUAGUGACCAACCAGACUCAAAUAACCCAAACCGGAACGACCCGGUCUUUGACACCCUGAGAGUCGGAGUCAUUAUGGCAAACAAGGAGCGCAAAAAGAAUGAAAAUGACAAGAAAAAUAUGAUGAUGAUGAUGGAAGAGGAGGAGGAGGAGAACCAACAGCCAAAAGAAAAUGAGGAAGGAGGAGAAGGGAAACCGGAGGAUAAAAAAGAGAAAGGAGGAGACAAAGCCGACGAAAAGAGUAAAGGGACAUUCACUGGAUCCCACUACUACCUGGCUCUGUACCGGUUCAAGGCCAUUGAAAAAGAUGACCUUGACUUCCACCCUGGUGAUCGCAUCAUAGUACUGGAUGACUCCAAUGAAGAGUGGUGGAGGGGGAAGAUGGGAGAGAAGACAGGCUACUUUCCUACCAACUACAUCAUAAAAGUGCGCGCAUCAGAAAGAGUUUAUAAGGUGACUCGCUCCUUUGUUGGCAACAGAGAGAUGGGACAAAUUACACUCAAGAAAGAUCAGAUUGUGGUGAAGAAAGGAGAUGAGAAAGGAGGAUACUUGAAGGUCAGCACUGGACGCAAGCUGGGCUACUUCCCCGCUGACCUGCUGGACGAGAUCACUGUGACAUGAGCGAUGUGCAACAACUAGACCCGACACUGUUCCACAAAUACAUCUGAGAUUUCUUGACAGAAGAAAAGAAAAAUGAGUUUUUAUAUUCCUGCACAAGUGAAAAUUUGAUUGCUUUGAUGUACAUCACCUUUUGACACACACAGUGAUUGAAAAAGACUGUUAAAAUCGUAUCUACUGUACAUUAGUAUCUCAGAGAACUUUGCUGUGGGUGCUAUAGAUAGCAAUACAAAUGUUGAGAUCCUUAAGUCACCGCCUGCUGAUUUUAGUUUUGUUUAUAAGGGCUGAAGAUGAGAAGAGCAAAACUUUGAGCCUUUUACAAUGUAGGUAAAGAGGACUGUUAGAGAAGGCUUAAUAUAAUAUUAAACAUGUAUAUUUUUAAAUCAGUUUCAUAAAAUGUUUUUAAAUAAUAUGAGCAUGAACAUUGAAGGUUAACAAAUAAAUUAUGUGACAUCAUGAAACAAUUGCAACUGACAGUUCAUGUCAAUGAAUUAUUUAGGACGAAAGAAUGAAAAGUUCACCAGCUUAUUAUGUAUGAAAACAAUCUGCUGCACAUUGUACAUAUCAUAUUAAAAAGUCCUUGGUGAGCUCUGCUGGAGUGAAAGGAAAGUGUGUUCAGGGGACUGUAUUUUCCAAAAAAAAAAGAUAAAAAAUAAAUAAAUACAAAGGUAUUUUGUUUCUGUAAUCUCCGGGGCCACAUCAGUAACAAGUGAGUGCAGAUUUGUCCACAACGCUCAUUGUACUCAUGUCUCUCAUUAGUCUUUCAUCGUUUCACGUGCAGGCACAAGCAAAUACACUGAACCACACACUAACAUAUAAAUAAAACAAAAAUAAUACAAAACACUGA